AUGGCGCCGGGAAUGAUGAUUGUAAAACGCAGUUUGAAUCAAUCGCAUUGGAAUCCAGAAUCUGGUUAUGACGAUGGAUCGAUGGAUACAGAGUUUCCGAUUCGUGUUGUAGAUUCUGGACGAAGUGCAGCCUUUGAAAUUUCCCUUAAGCUUGAUGAUUUUGAUUUCGAAUAUCAAUGCCGAGGAUAUGAUCAAGGAUUCAAAGUGAUCUUGACUCCACCGGGUGAAGCAUUGAGAAUGUCACGAAUGUCUUUUCGAGUUCCAGUUUCAGAAGACACUUUGAUUACAAUCAAACCAAAGAUGACCAUUACUUCACAUGCACUCCGGAGCUAUAAUCCCAAUCUACGUCAAUGCGUUUUUCUUGAGGAACGUUCUUUACACUUCUUCAGAAUUUACACACAGAACAAUUGUAACGAUGAGUGUUUGGCGAAUUUCACGAAAAUUCAAUGCGGUUGUGUGAAAUUCUCCAUGCCAAGAGAUAAAAACACCCCAAUUUGUGGCGGAGCUAAAAUCAAAUGCUACAAGGAGGCUGAAAAGAAUCUAUCCACCAGCCGAUUUGCUAGAGCAUUUCGUGACAACUGCAACUGUUUACAAACGUGCACCACAAUUGAAUACCAGGGAGAUAUAGACCGUGUGAAAUUCGACAUGGCAACCAUGAAUAAAACGGACUUGCCCGAACUUAGCAAUCAAAAGGCAAGAUUGGCAAUAUUUUUCCAUGAUCAACAAGUGGAAACUAUCAAACGAAUAGAAGUGUACACCUACUCCGAUUUUUUGGCCGUUUGCGGCGGAUUGAUGGGUUUGUUCUUGGGAAUGUCCGUAUUGAGCCUUAUCGAACUAAUUUAUUACGGAACUCUGCGUUGGUAUUGGGCUGCUCGACGUGAAAGAGAACAAAAUGCAAUACAACAAAUGGAAAAUCAAAAAAUUGUCAGCGUCAUUCCCAUCGAACGAUAUAACUAA